CUAUCAAUUACAUUAACAAAGUAGGAAAGUUUCUGGGACACUGAUGCUUUAUUUUUUCGGUGUUGUUAUUUGAUAAAGUCAGCGCGUUGUUCAUUACAGAGGUUAAUAUAUAGGACAAGUUGAAGAACAGACUAUAAAGGAAAACCUAAACAGGCUAGCUACCAUUGUACUGCUAUUAGUUAUCAGUGAAGUCUGCUACAAUUAUAUUGGUUGAAAGAUGACGUUAUGGCCGUGUAGCAAAAUUCUUACCAUUUGAGUCUGAUAUACUAUAUAUUAUACCUAUCCGCGAUAAAUAAUCAUAGAGAUAUCAGCAAAACAAGACGUCAUGACGAAGGACAGAUCUGAUUUAAACGGAGUUAAGCGAGGGGGAGAUGUUGCACUUAAUGGUGAUUCACAUGGGAAAUACACUGUAAACAAAGAGGAUGAGGGGACCUACAAUGGUAUCCAGUCUCAUCAACAUGUCAACAGUGACAAGGAAGUACCUAAUAGUGGAAGUUUGUCACGUGAACAUAGACAAAGGAAGAAUGGCUUAGAGAAACACGUCACCAUUCCAGAUGUAGAGUUUGAGAAAGAAAAGAAAAAAGAACCGAAAAAGGAAAAGGAUGCUGGUGAUGCAGCAACCAUCGGGAUUUUUGGGCUGUUCCGCUACACGACAUGUAUGGACAAAGUGUUGCUAUGUUUGGGGACGCUCUGUGGUGUCCUGGCCGGCAUGGGUUUCCCACUAAACCUGUAUAUCUAUGGGAGGGUAGCCAAUGCUUUAAUCUUAAACCAAAUAUUCAAAUCUUUUAUAUCAAGUUUUAAUGGAACGUUCCCGCCGGACAACGCUACUGCAUCCAAUGGAAUGGCGUUUGGUGAACUGAAAGAAUACGAGGAGAUAUUCAACAUAUUGCGAGGCGAAGCUGUCUGGUUCUGUCUGCUCGCCGUGGGAGUUUUUACUUUUAUAUUUCUGGCAGUAGUGUGCUAUAGUGUAACAGCAGAACAUCAGAUCUACAGGAUUCGUCAAUUGUUUUUUCAGUCAAUCCUGAGACAGGAAAUCGGCUGGUUUGAUACCCAUGAGAGUGGAGAGUUGAGUUCAAGGUUCAACGAGGACAUACAAUUGAUAGCAGAUGGAAUCGGCGACAAAUUUGCUACAAUGCUCCAAUGGUUCUCCUCGUUCUUUGCUGCAUAUAUCAUAGCAUUUGUGUCUGGGUGGAAACUUGCUCUGUCAGCGGUCGGUUUCUGUCCACUUAUCAUGAUAAUUGCGGCGUGCACAGUAAGGCUUAUGCGAAACUUAGCUAAUGCAGAAUCUAAGGCGUAUUCCAAGGCAGGGGCGGUUGCAGAGGAGGCGCUAGGGGCUAUCAGAACUGUUAUGGCCUUUAACGGACAGAAGAAAGAGUGUGACAGGUACAACAGUCACUUAACUACAGCCAGGUCUUCGUCUGUCAAGAAGGGCAUCCUUGUAGGUCUCUGUAACGGCAUUUUCUGGCUUUGUAUGUAUGGAGCUUUUGCUGUCGCCUUUUGGUAUGGAGUCAAACUAAUACAAGAUCGAGAAAGUGGUUUUGAUCCAGGAAGCACAGUCACGGUGUUCAUUGGGAUAAUAAUUGGAUCCAUGUCCAUGGGAAACGCCUUCCCUACUCUGGAGAUAAUUGGAAACGCCCGUGGAGCUGCACAAAAAGUAUAUCAGAUCAUCGAACUGACUUCAAAGAUAGAUUCAUGUUCAACAGAAGGCAAGAUACCAGAGAAUUUUGAGGGCAACAUUGAGUUAAGAGAAGUCGACUUUAGCUACCCCGCACGUCCUGAUUCGCAGGUGCUGCGUGGGUUGACCUUAAAGGUCAGUGUGGGCCAGACAGCGGCAUUGGUUGGAUCUAGUGGAUGUGGGAAAAGUACAGUAAUACAAUUGUUGCAGAGAUUUUACGACACCCAUGCAGGCCAGGUGUUGCUGGAUGGUAAUGAGAUAAACACACUAAACGUAAAUUGGUUGCGGAGACAGAUAGGCGUUGUCAGUCAGGAACCUGUACUAUUUGCCACCACUGUUGCCGAGAACAUCCGCUAUGGGCGUGUCGAGGUCACCAUGGAGGAAAUUGUAACUGCUGCGCGAGAAGCCAACGCGCAUGAUUUUAUAUCUCAGUUUCCAGACGGUUACGAGACAUUAGUCGGAGAAAGAGGUGCCCAGAUGAGCGGAGGACAAAAGCAAAGAAUAGCUAUUGCUAGGGCCCUUGUCAGAAAUCCGAAAAUCUUACUUCUGGAUGAGGCUACAUCUGCCCUGGACAACGAGAGCGAAUCUGUGGUACAGUCGGCCCUCGAGAAGGCCCAGGAAGGACGGACAACUAUUGCUAUUGCCCAUCGUCUGUCGACCAUCCGUAACGCUGAUAUUAUCUAUGGCAUUCAGGACGGUGAGGUAGUCGAACAGGGAACACACUCUGAACUGAUGGAGAAUGAUGGACUUUACAGUCAUCUCGUUAAUCAACAGAAUCACCAGCUGGACGUCACUGAAGACGUGGCUGAUGAGCUGGAGCAUGAAAUGUUUGAUGAAGAUGAUAAUGUGGAUGGUACAAAGUCCUCAUCAAAUAUCAUCAUUCCAUCAACUGAUCGUAAAAGAACGACAUCGGUAUUAAGUCAAGGAAGUGACAAGAAACAAAACAAGAAUGAAGAGGAGGAGGAGAAUGAAGAUGAUGAUGCUGCAAAUGUGUCCCUCAUAAAAAUAUUGCGUAUGAACUCUCCAGAAUGGUGCCUUAUCGUUUGUGCCUGUAUAUGCUCCACCCUAGCUGGUAGUAUACAGCCUGCAUUUGCCAUUGUCUUUUCAGAGUUUCUUAAUGUUUUCACGAUGCCAGCGGAGGACCAGACAGACCAGUCUAUCCUGUUGGUAAUCAUCGUGAUGGCAAUCGCCGUCGGCAACUCUGUGUUACGUGUUGGAAUGAGUGUCUGUUACUCGACAGCUGGUGCCAAGUUAACGGCCCGCUUCAGGAUGUUGGCUUUUAAAUCUCUGAUAUGGCAGGACAUAUCAUUUUUUGACGAUCCCAAGAAUCGAGUAGGCACCCUUACAACAAGGUUGGCACGAGAUAGUAACUUGGUACAGGGGGCUGCUGGUAACAAGGUGGGGUCAGUGCUGGAGUCCCUAUCGACUGCUUUCGUCGCUAUCAUCAUCGCCUUUAUACACAGUUGGAAACUAACCCUUGUGGUUUUGGCCUUCAUGCCCCUGAUGAUUGCAGCAGGUGUUAUUCAUGGUAAAAAACUGACAGGCUUUUCUAAGGGAGAUAAAUCCGUCGCUGAGGAAUCAGGAAAGCUGACCAGCGAGGCCAUCAACAACAUACGUACAGUGGCGUCCCUUACCCGGGAACAGUCCUUUAUUGACAAGUAUGAGCGGUUCUUAAACGUCCUCUAUAUAAAUGGUAGGAAGCGUAGCUUUGUCCAUGGUGCUAUGUCAGGUUUGUCAUUGGCCGUCAUGUUCUUUGCCUACGCUGCCGCGUUCACUUACGGAGGGUAUCUUGUACAGUACGACAACCUACCGUUCGAAAAUGUGUUUAAAGUUUUUGUUGCCGUCGUUUUUGGUGGUUUGUCAAUUGGAAGACAGAGUUCCUAUGCACCAGAUUUCAACAAAGGAAAGAUAGCUGCCAGUCGUCUCUUCCAAAUAAUGGAGAUGAAACCGACAAUAGAUACAGCCAGCGAGGAAGGUAAAGUCAUGGAGAAAUUUGGCGGCAGUUUACUACUAGAUGCUGUCCAUUUCCGGUAUCCUACAAGAACGGAAGUGGAGGUCCUCCGCGGUCUGUCCCUCACUAUUCAGCCUGGUGAGACAGUGGCCAUAGUAGGAACGAGUGGGUGUGGUAAAUCCACCACGGUACAGCUGCUGGAGAGGUUCUACGACCCAGAAAGCGGACGAAUUCUAGCAGACGGUAACGACGUGAAGUCUUUAAACCUGAAGUGGUUCCGUAAACAGAUAGGAAUCGUUUCCCAGGAACCCUGCCUUUUUGAUUGUAGCGUUGCAGAAAAUAUAGCUUACGGAGACACUAGUCGGAUUGUACCUAUGGACGAAAUCAUCACUGCAGCACGCAAAGCCAACAUACACACAUUUAUUGACAGUUUACCAAAUGGUUAUGAUACGAAUGUCGGCGACAAGGGGAUACAACUCAGUGGAGGACAAAAACAAAGGGUAGCCAUAGCCAGAGCGCUUCUACGUGACCCUAAAGUAUUACUGCUGGACGAGGCUACCUCGGCACUGGAUACAGAAAGUGAAAGGAUCGUUCAAGAAGCGCUUGACAAAGCAAGGGCCGGACGAACCUGCCUCGUCAUUGCUCAUCGGCUGUCAACUAUACAACAUUCGGACCGCAUCGCCAUUCUUCAUAAGGGUGAAGUUGUAGAACUUGGUAGUCAUUCUGAAUUAUUCGCCCAGAAAGGAAUAUAUUACAAACUUAGCCAGCAUAACAACAAAAAGGCCGAAUAAGUAUCUGACGCUUAUCAUAAGUAUGUGAUCAAUAUUUGGUUUUACUACGGAAACGUGCAAUGCUUUUGAACCUUAAUGUCCCGUUGGCACUAGGAAGUCUUUCGAAUGGGACGCAUCUUUCUUGUAGCGGUUGCUGUUUAUCGUACAUAAAAUAAUCCUUGUCCAGAAAAGAUCUGAAUUAUAAAUUUAACACCAGUUUUGGCUUUGAAAAAGCCUUAUAGUUUCCGACACCGUCCUCAUGUGUGAUAUCGUCGUGGGACUAAACAAUAUACAGACACUAGCAUGUAUUUUAGUUUAUAUCUAGAUUGGGUCCAUUGGUUAUAUUUCGAUCUUCCAGCCGUCAGAAGUGUGAUUAUAUUUGAAAGAAUGUUCAAAGAUCUGCGUCUUUUAUCAUUUAUGAACUAUUUAAAAGUAGAUUACCUCUUCCAGUUUUCGAGCUGAUAAAAAGAAUAAAGAACGCAAUAUAGCCACAUUGAGUCAUUCAAGCAUUCGGUUGAAGCAUAUUCAGUGAUGGAAGCCCUAUCGGCCUCAUUUUAUUUAUUUAGUUAUUGUUUUGUGUUAAAUGAUUGUUUUACAGAUUUACUACCAUCUGGUGACAUUUCAGUGUGCUUAAAUCAACACUUGCGUCGUAUUAAAAACCCUUGUUUAUCAUCGAAUGUAUAAUCUUCAAGGAUAAUGGUACAUACAAGUUCUUGAAAAUAUCAUUCGCAUUUCUCUAGCUUUAUUGAUCAUUGCUUUGCGAAUACGAGGUGAGAAUUCAAAUAUUCAGAAGCUAUUUCAGCGUUUGUCUGAUUUUAGCUGAUCUCUAAAUUGACCACUUCUCGUGUGUUAUCAAAGGAUUUAUCUUCUGGGAACAUUCUCAGUUUGUACAGCGGUUCUAAAUGUCAUCAGUUUAUGUUAGGUUUUUAAAUGACCACAAGGAGAACUAUCUCCCAUAUUUUACUUUAAAGAUAGUGAUUUGAUGAUUUGAAAGACUCUUCUUCAUCCAACCGGCCGAAGACUGUAUCGGCAAUACACGUCCUAGAUAUGUAAUGUAAUCUUGCCUAAUGUUCUUUGUCUGUGAUGUAACUUUUGUAUUUGUAAUGUUUUGUGCUGUUAUAAAGGUGGGCAUUGCUUAGUAAUUUUGACGAUUCGGAACUUAUUUUAUAAUUUUAUAUGUUUAAAGAAUACCAUUUAUAUGCAGUAUAUUGAGUUGCAAGACAUACAUCUAUACGGGAUAUUUGUAUUGAAAGUCACAUUGAUUUAGGAUGACAUCUAAACAGGAUUCAUAAGCGACGAGUGCGAGAUUGCAUACAAAACAAAAAAGGAGAGGUUGCCAAUGAGUAUGGAACAUUGUCAAACUUAAAACCUACCUGUGAGUAACAGUUGAGAUAAGAAAAUGCACAAAAUUUACUCAGGGAUCUAAUCUCCAAGAGGUUCAUCAGAUGAAUUAUCAGACGCAUAAGGGGUUAAACCGUAAAAACCUGGGUUUAUUUUAUUUUACGUCCUAUUAACAGCCAUUUAAGGACGUCCCUAGUUUUGGAGGUGGAGGAAAGCCGGAGAAAAACCACCGGCCUACGGUCAGUAUCUGGCAACUGCCACAAGAUGAUUUCUAACUCGUGACCCAAGGGUUUUAGGCUAGUGAUAAAUUGUCAGGACACCUUAACCACAUAUGUGGAAAGAUGUUUAAACUUAACAAUAAACAGUUAAUGGAAACUAAUUGUGAGGUUUCAUAAAAGUCUUUUUUCAAGCAAAGGAUGGGGAAACCGGUAUAAAUCAUCUAUCUAGUUAUCAAGUCGCAUUUUGUCCAAAUAACAUUCAAGUGAAGGAAGUCUGAGAGAAGGGUGACCUAUCCCGUCCAUUAUUGGUUGUGAACCGAUGAAUCUCUUACCUUUGAACAACUCUGAAAUUUAGGAUGUAUGUAGGGCGAUCCUUUGAGAACAGUGUCCUAGGCUCGGUUAUAACCGGAACAAAGACGUUACGCACCAUUAAUAAAUCAAUCAACCCCAGAUAACAAGGCUCAUAAAGGGGACCUAGUGCAUUAACCUCCAAAUAAAAUGUGUGUUAGUUCUCACAGAAUCAGACAAGACAUCCAGAAAAAGUUGUGGAACAGACAAAUGGGGAACGGGUUUUAUAUGAACUUGAUAAAUUAUUUUAUUUUCAUACCAAAUGUACAAUGUUUAUGCAUUAUUUAUACAUGUAUGCAUUCCAAUCAGGAUCAGACAAUAAAAAAAUAGUUAUUAAA